GGGUUCAAAUCCCGGACGAGCCCGGAGAUUUAUUUUUUUGUUAAUAUUUAUAAUAGGAUUUGCUUUAUUACAUUAAUAUUUUUGUACUUAAGCAGUACUUAUAGAUCCUCCCUUUUUUAUCGUCUCUAAAAUAUGAUUACAUAUGAUGUCCUCUCAAUGUAACAGUUUCUUAUUACAAUUCACAUUUUGGAAAAUUACGGGCUUACGCAUACAUCGAACGCUGCAUUGCUGGAGUCUCGAUUGUUAACAUGCGACAAUGUCGCUGGCGUGGAAUCCUUCGAAAAAACACAGCGAGCGUGAGAGAUGGAUAUGCAUUUACCCAAUAUAUCUGAACAGUAAGAGGAGUUUGAUGGAUGGGCGAAAGCUGGCCAAGGAUAAGUGUAUUGAGAAUCCAACGCAUCAGGAGAUACGGGAUGUGUUGUUAGCAGCAGGAUUCAACGUAGGCGUCGAGAAUAAAUUGCAUCCAAAGGAACGCAGCAAGGAGCCUCUCUAUCGUGGCCGUAUUCGUGUGCAGUUAAAAAAUGAUGAUGGUACACCGGUACAGUCUGAUUUUCCCACUAGAGAUUCUCUCUUGGAAUAUAUCGGCAUCACAAUUCCAAAAUUAAAGACUCGUCAGGGCAAACAGAACUCUAGCGAGCAAGCAUCACAACCAUCCACAUCAACAUCUAAGAAAGGAAAGGGCAAGGGGAGAAGAUAAAGAAGACUUGAAGUCAUUAACCAUAUAUAUGAUGGAUUUUUGCUUUUAUAUAUAUAUAUAUAUAUAUAUAUAUGUAUGUAUGUAUAUAUUUUACAAUUAUAAAUAAUUUUGUGUGUGGCAUACGUAUAUACACGUAUUCACAUUUCUAAAUGCUGUACUUCUCACGUAACAUUUAAAGCAGGAUUAUCAUAAUAUUAUUUGUAUUUUUUAUAUCUUUUUACUACCAAAUUUAAAUUAAAAUUCAAAUUACUAGUUGUGCUAAACGUGAUAAAAUGGAAAUGUCACAUACAUAUAUAUAUAUAUAUAUAUAUAUUUGUUUUUUUUAGAUUUAGAAUAAAGCAAAUUCUUAUCUAAAACUUUUAGUAAUACAUAAUUAAUGCUACAUGGACAUGUUAAAUGUUAACAUGUUAAAUGCUACAUGGACUAUCGGUAGUCCACACGAUGUGAAUGGAAAAUCAUGUGAAAUUGGCACGAUGCUUAAUAUAUUAAUUAUCAGUUGCUAGGUGACAAUUUGCUAUAUGAUCAUGUUAUGUAAUAUUAUUAUUCAUCAUUGUACUCUGGAAUAGUUUCAGAUUAACCCUUUGCACUCGAGGGCUCUGCUAUGGAGACAAUACAAAUAACUUUCAGUUCAUAACACAAGGACA